GCGAAUACCCACCAAACUAUUAGGGGCUCUGUGCUGCCUAGUUGUCCUUAUCCAGCCGAUUUGGGCUUGUGAAAAUGCAUCGUCUACCACAACCACCUCUAAAGACUGGUGGCAAACAGCCCAGUUUUAUCAGAUAUAUCCCAGAUCUUUUAUGGACUCCGAUGGUGACGGAAUUGGUGAUCUGAACGGCAUCACCAGCAAGCUGGAGUACCUCAAGGACCUUGGAGUAACAGCCGCCUGGCUGUCACCCAUUUUCACUUCCCCCAUGGUGGACUUUGGUUAUGAUAUCUCAGAUUUCUUUGACAUUCAGCCAGAGUACGGAACCCUGGACGACUUCAAGGCCCUAAUCAGGCGAGCCAACGAGUUGGACCUGAAAAUCAUCCUGGACUUUGUUCCCAACCACUCGAGCGAUGAAAAUGAUUGGUUUGUAAAGUCAGUAAAUCGGGAGAAGGGCUAUGAGGACUACUACGUUUGGCAUGAUGGCAAAACCAACGCGGAAACUGGCGAGAGGGAGCCACCUUCGAACUGGCUCCAGGCUUUUCGAGGCAGUGCCUGGGAAUGGAAUGAGGUGCGUCAGCAGUACUACCUCCACCAGUUUGCCGUCCAGCAAGCGGAUCUAAAUUAUCGUAAUCCUCUGGUGGUGGAGCAAAUGAAGCGGGUUUUACGCUACUGGCUGGAUCUCGGGGUAGCUGGCUUUCGGUGUGAUGCCGUGCCCGUACUCUUCGAGAUCGAGCCAGAUGAGAACGGACAGUAUGCCGACGAGGAGGUGAGUGGCCUGACCAACGACACCGAAGCUCGGAAUUAUUUGAAGAGUGAUCUGAUCGAGAACCUUCCGGAGACCAUUGACAUGGCGUAUCAGUGGCGGGUGGUGAUGGACGACUAUCAGCGUAUCCAUGGAGGAGAUACGAGAGUAUUGCUAAUCGAAACCUACGCCCCUCCCGCCUACACGAUGCAGUUUUACGGCAACCGAUCGGUGGUCGGAGCCCAUUUGCCCUUCAACUUCAACCUGAUUACAGUUCCGGCAAGCGAUGGCUUCUCGGCGAGCUCUAUCAAGACCGCUGUGGACAACUGGCUAGACAACCUGCCCGCGGGACGCACAGCCAACUGGGUGAUCGGAAACCACGAUCAGAGAAGAGCAGCCAGUCGUUAUGGAACUGCGAACGCUGAUGCUAUGAAUAUGCUGGUUAUGGUCCUGCCGGGAGCCAGUGUGACCUACCAGGGCGAGGAGCUCGGCAUGACCGAUGGCGAAAUUAGCUGGGAGGACACACAGGAUCCGGCGGCCUGCAACUCUAACCAGGACACCUACGAGCAGUUUACCCGCGAUCCUUCACGUACUCCCUUCCAAUGGACGAGUGGUACGAAUGCAGGAUUCUCCACAGCGACAAAGACCUGGUUGCCUCUAGCGGCGGAUUAUGAAACGGUGAAUGUGGAAACAGAAAGUGCAGCCCAGCGCUCUCACCUCAGUAUCUACAAGUCCUUGGUGGCUCUGAGAAAGUCCUCAGUUACGCUCCAAAAUGGAUCCACCAAAUAUGGAAUCAUUUCCGACAAUGUAUUUGUGGUGAAGCGAUACCUAACCGGCUCUGAUUCCAUUAUUUACGUGGCCAACUUGGCCAGCAAGGGUGUGACUGUGAGCUUGCUCGACUUUGACACGACCCUGCCCACGCAUCUGACACUUCUCAUUCGUAGCCUGCAAUCCGCCAAGGCGGAGGGUUCUCUGUUUGAGGUCACUGGACUAAGUCUGGCUGCCGGCGAAGCCUUGGUACUGAACAGCAGCAGCUGAAGUUCUUCCUGGUUCGAUUGGAUGGAAUUUCCUAUCCGAUACACUUGAAAAAAGCAAACUCGGUCGGGCCACUCAAUUGGCAUUUAUCUUUGGCUCUUGGGCAAAUAUGCUGUGGCUUGCAUAAAUAAAUAAAUAAAUACGUAGAGAACCA